AUGUACGCAGUGCUAUUGACUGUCGUGGCCCUUUCUGCCACUGCCUUUGCGCAUGGAAAUCAUGCCCAGAGCCCAAUUACUGGUCCCCACAAGCAAUUAUGGUACAACACUCUGCCCGGUGAUGGAGGUACUCAGGCUGACUCCGUCUUCUCUGGAAUCUCAACAUUUGGGCGCCUUCCGUUCUUCCCAUGUUUGGCAAGUGAAGACGAGAAAUAUGAUAUUGCUUUCCUCGGCGCUCCAUUUGAUACAGGAACUUCCUACAGGCCAGGUGCGAGGUUCGGUCCCAGUGGUAUCAGACAAGGUUCCCGCCGUCUCAAUCUUUAUGGAGGAUACAAUGUCCCAUUAGAAGCCAACCCAUUUUCAAGCAAUAUCAAAGUUCUCGAUUGCGGAGACAUCCCUGUUACUUCAUACGACAAUACAUGGGCUCUCCGUCAAAUUGAAGAAGGACACAACAGCGUCAUGAUGCGCAGACCCUUUACCGAUGCCGACAAACAGGGGCUAUCCAAGGCUGGAAAGACGCUUCCGCGUGUGAUUACGCUAGGUGGCGAUCAUACUAUUACUCUUCCAUUACUGCGUAGCAUCAAUAGGGCAUAUGGACCGGUAACUGUCAUUCAUUUUGACAGCCAUCUGGAUACAUGGAAACCAAAGGUCUUUGGCGGCGCUCCUUCGGAGACUGCUAGCAUCAAUCAUGGAACAUACUUUUAUCAUGCGGCCAUGGAAGGUCUACUGAGGAAUGAUACGAACAUUCAUGCUGGUAUCCGCACAACGCUUUCUGGGCCGUCUGAUUAUGAUAAUGAUGGAUACGUUGGCUUUGAGAUUGUCGAGGCCAGGGAGAUUGAUACCAUUGGCACCGAUGGAAUCAUCAAGCGUAUCCGUGAUCGUGUCGGCACCGUCAACCCUGUUUACCUGUCCAUCGACAUUGAUACUCUCGAUCCUGCUUUUGCCCCCGCUACCGGCACCCCCGAAACAGGUGGUUGGACAACCCGUGAACUCCGCACGAUCGUCCGCGGUCUUGAUGGACUUAACUUUGUCGGUGCUGAUAUCGUUGAGGUUGCUCCAGCGUAUGAUACUAAUGCCGAGCUGACCACUAUGGCUGCCGCUGACGUUCUCUAUGAAGUGUUGACGAUUAUGGUUAAGAAGGGACCGUUGAGUUUGUCGGGCCGUGAGGAGCUAUGA